UAUUUGUGUUGUCUUCCCUGCGCUCGCGUAGUCCGUCCCGUCCCGUGCCCCCUGUCGCCCCAGCACCGCAGCCGCCCAGCCAAGCCCAAGCGACUCGCCGAAAGAAACUGCCAAUUCAAUACGACGACUAAUCUCGCCGCCGCCGCCGCCGCCGCCGGGUUCUUCAUCCGCAGGGGCAGGGUUCUUCUUCAUCCCCGCAACAAAUAUUUUCCCUCCUUUGAUUGAUUUCUUAUUAGAGAGUUUAUUAUUAAUCCGAGGCGCUCGUCUUGUCUUGUGGUGGGGUGCGCCCUAAGACCUAGCCCGGAAGGGGUUUAAUCUAGCUAUAGGGUUCUUCCCGCCGCUGCUCGGCACCAUUGGCGGCCUCGCCGCCGGCCGGCAACCGACGGCAGGCCGGCCGUGCCCUCACCCUCCUCCCAAUCAUCGGGAGGCGUCGCCCCCUCCCUUGUACUGGACGGAUUCGGUUGCUUCUUGGUGGUGCCCUGCUAAUGCAAUCGAGGAGUAAUCUCAUCUAGUCGAGUCUUUCCAUCCGCGGUUUAAGUUAGGUUCUUCCUCUCAAGCGCGCACAAGCAAUCCACCCUGGUGCGGGCGGGUGCAGUUUUUCUUCCCCCGGCAAUUUUGGGUUCAACUGAACCCCCUAUGCCCUACGGGAGGUCCACCCCUGGCCCGGCCUCUCAACCGUGGCUGGUGGGUGGACGUUGAGAGGAGUGGUUCCUGGAGCCAUGGAGCAGGACACACCGAUGUUGAAGCCAGGAUGGAUGCAGCAUGACAAGGCAGCAGGCACUGCCAACAUCUGGGCUACAGCUUCCUCCCACUCAGAUUAUCAAGCUACAGGUGGUUCAUUGAGAAACCAUUCAUCUGGACAUUACCGUGACCAUGGUUCCCAGCAAUCAUCAUCAGGGAGAAGUUCAGGCUCGAAUGGAUCUCGCCGGUCUGACCGGGAUGGAAUGGGGAAGUCAAGGGACUAUAUCAAUUUCAGAAAGUUCAAGGACAGGGAUCGGCAGAGGGACUUUGAUUCCCGUGAUUGGGAGAGUAGGCCAGCUGCUGCAGUUCGUGAUGAUUUCAAGUCCUUUAGCACAUGCAAAUCUGAAAGGGAUAGGAUGAAUCGUACCCGCUCGAAGGCAGACACAUGGAACAAAGGCAGUGGUAGCACCUCUAGAAAUAAUGCAGUUAGUUCCUCUAGAAGCAAUGACAUUCACAUAAGCAGUACUGUUGCUAGUACUGGAACUGUUAACACUGUUAGAAAUGCAGCUUUGGGGACCUCCAUAAGCAAUGCUUCUGUCCGGACCUCAGUAAGCAAUACUUCUAUUAGUAAUGCUGUAAGCAAUGCCAGCAAUGCUGCUAGCAUAACCUUUGAACGGGAGUUUCCGCAGCUUAGUUCAGAGGACAAAAAUGGAAGGCAAGGCAUAAGCAAAGUCCCAUCUGCCAGUAUCAGCACCGCAAUUCAGAAUGUACCUCUGAUAUCUCCUGAUGGCUGGAGCUCCAUGCUAGCAGAUCUUCCUUUAUUAAGUGAUCCAAAGAAAAGUCUAGCCACUUCUUCUCUAUUGCACAUUGCUCCUAGUAAACAGACUGAAGUGGUACCAAACAGUGGGACUGCAUUAAGCAUGGCAGAGACAGUGAUGCAAGCUCCCCCGAGAAUUUCCAUUAGGCCUCAGUUAUCGACCGAGGCUCAGAAGAUUGAAGAAAGAACCUUGAAGCAGCUUACUCUAAGACCUAUUACACCUCCAGCAAGCAAAUCUUCGGCUCUUAGUUCUUUGAAAAUAAAAGGUACAAGGCUUGGAGAUCCUACUAAUCCUAGUAAGACCUCACAACUACUAAAAAUACAGUCAGCCAACGGUUCUGCUAGAGCUCCAGUUAAAGCAGAUGUUUCAAAGCUCUCUCAGCCAGGAAGCUUCCAAGUUCUCAGUCGAGAGCAAAACGGUACUGCACACACCACCAAAGACUGCCCUGUGAAACCUGUGAGUCCUCCGACUCCUUUGGUUUCAGUGGAAACACAGAAAAAACCAGUGGUGAGCCAAAAGUUGAAGUUUGGCACCGAUGAGCGCCCUCUGCCUCUGCAAGGUCCAUCUCGUGAUAGAAAGUCAAAUGCAAGAGACAAGGUUAGGUUCUUUGAGAUGCUACGGACCAAGUCUUCAAAUGGUUCAAGCACAGCCUUUGAGUCAGGGAGUCAACCAUCGCCAUCCAGCUUAGUCGAUGUGAAGCAGGAUUCUUCUCUUAAUAUUGGAAAUGAUUUCUCCUUGUUCCAUUCAGAGAUGAAAUGUACGGGGCACGGCAAGUGUGUUUGUGAAGAAGCAAAUUCUUCCGAAGAGUCUCAGAGGCACCUAUCUGAUACCGAGGAGCACAUUCCAUCCUUGAAAAGUGUUGUGGGCGGGAUGCCUCAGCAGCCUCUAGUUGAAAGCAGAGAAGCUGACUCAUCAUCUGAACCUGCUGACACAGGUGAUGAAGGAUUUCAGUCAUCCCUAUCGGGCAGCACAGAAGGCAGUUUGUCCUCAACACCUGCAGACUCAGAUGCUGGCAAUGAGGAAGCAAGUUCAUUAUCAGAGGAUACUGAACCAGAUGAUGUGUACCAUCCAGCUGACAUUUCUCCAGAAGAUAAACAUUUCAUGAUGUUGCUUGGUUGGAAAGAAGAUGAAAUAGUGCAAGUGGCACCUUUGGAUUUCGAUGAGAUUGCAGACACAGUAAAAGGCUGUGAGGAACUCAAGAAGAAGCUUCAGUCUAUGGAGUACAAAGAAGAUAUCAAGAGCAUUCUCCUCCAUAUUGAGCUGAGCGAGAAGCUGCAGCAGCACAAGAGUACAGGGGCCUAAAGACAAUGGGAACACCCCGUCUGGCCAUGUAGAGACGCUGAGAAUAGAUGUUAAUCAUUUUUGGCAUGAGUUUUUGUCUUGGAUCGUUAACAAGGCGAUAUUUUUUUCUUCUCUAUUGCCGCAUGUCCAACAGUUAGGGAUUUAGUGCUCACAGAUAGUUCUGACAGGUUUUUUUGCAUACUGAAAGGAGCUUGGGGUUUCCCCGUGUAAGUCCGAACUUGGAAUCACAUGGCCGUGCUGCCCUCUGAAAGAAAGGCAAUGUUCUAACAUGCCAUUGUUAAUCAUAUUGGGUUUUGACAUGAAAAGGCGUCUCAAAAGGUUAAUUCAUGAAAACAUAUCUCAAAAGGUUAAUUUUUA